AAUCAAAUUUACAUUCAAAUAAGCAGAAUUAAUUCAGAAAAAAUAGUCUUUCCAAAGGCUACGUAUUGCAUUUUAAACUUAUUCGACAGCACCUCUCGCACCAUGGCCUUUCUGGGUCGCCUCAAUAAUCGCGGCGUUCUGAUUAAAUGGGAAAUCUUCAGCGGCAAUCGCUCCUGGGCUCUCAAGAGCCCACCCAAUGACGACCAGUCGGAAGAAUCAGUUGAAAAGUUGCCCCUGGCCAAGGGCUCUAGAACUUACAUUAAGACCUACGACGAUGGGAAGACCGUGUCAGGCAUGGGCAGUCCCAGCACAGUGCGUUAUGUGGGCAAAUUCAUUUCGGCCACGAAUGGCAAUUCAACAAAUGAAAGAGAUGUGUCCACACCACGUUACUGUGCUUCACAGGAGACUGAAACGGAAGCGGAAACUCUUCCAGAAGAAGACGGGCGAAGCUCAUAUAAUUCUUCGCAAUAUGAAGAUUCACAGGCCAUGGGUGACUUGAUGCUGGACAAGGACUCCACCACUUCGGAGUGCAGUUGGGAUGAGAUAAUCUCGAAGGAGACAAGUUCAAACCCCUCCAUGGCGGAUGAUCCAUGCGUGAGCAUUCCCUCGCUCAAAAUUCGUUCCCAAACGGAAACCGAAACCGAAUCGGAGGGUUACUCACCCACCUACAGUCAAACGAUCAAAGAUCUGAAGCUGGAGCGUCCAGUCAAGGAGGCCUACGACACUUGGCUUUCAGCGAAGCGCCAGCAGAAGCAAUACAAGGCUCAGGCCGAGCGUCAGAAGGAGGUGGAGCUCAAGAAAGAUAUCGCCGAGCGUCAGAAGAUGGCCAAGGAUAGCUACGAGCGUUGGUGUGCGGCAAAGUUUCAGCAAAAGACAGCGUCCAGCUCCAAAACCUCUUUGAAGUCGCCCCCAAAUAAACCCGUCCAGAACAAGUCUAAAUCGGCAUCAGCGCCUCGCCUGGAUGCAGCCGCUCAGCGUCGUCUGCAGGAGUGGGAAAUGGAAAAGGUGAAGCAGGCGGAGAAGCGUCGCAUGCAGCAGCAGAGGGAGGCCGCGAGGCUGCACCAGGAGACGCUGCUGCGCCACAAGCAGGCGGAUGAGGCAUUCGAGAAAUGGAUGCAGAACGUGUCGCAACGACCCAAGCCAGUGCCCCUCAAUCAGGGCUUGGCAUCGCUGCGUGGCACCGUUUCUGAGCUUUAUAUUAAUCCCAAUGAGUGGGUGAAUUGAUCGUCACAAAUAAAAAGCACUUCUUGUCACUUAA